AUGGCCGCCACGCUCAGUUCGCAUCACAUUCAAGCUCCUCACAAGCUCCAAAACUCACUCAAUCAAGCCUCUUCAAGCCAAACCAUUGACUUGGCCCUCUUCCCGGACGGACUCAAAACAACUGGCCAACAUGAACCACUCCCCGAACACCUUCACCCAUUUGAAGAGUUCCCUUCAGAAAUCACAGGGCGCACAGUCUGGAAAGCUGAAGAAUACAAGGAUCAUCCCGAGAAAUGGGUUCAUCGCUUCACGACCGCUGAGGUUGAAGAAUUGAGUUCUACUGCGGAUCGGUUUAUUGCUGCUGGUACGCCGUUGACUGGUAUUUCCCAGAAAAACUUCAUCCUCCCCAAUCUCGGGCCUUACCUCUACAACGAACUGCGCGACGACCUAAUCAACGGCAAAGGCUUCAUCCUCUUCAAAGGUCUACCCGUCACGGAAUGGGGAAACCACAAGUCAGCCGUUGCGUAUAUGGGCCUUGGUACAUAUCUUGGUUACUUUGUGAGUCAGAAUAGUCGCGGUCAUGUCUUGGGACAUGUCAAGGAUCUCGGCGAGGAUCCGACCCAGAUUGAUAAGGUGAGGAUCUAUAGGACGAAUGCUCGUCAAUUCUUCCACGUUGAUGACUCGGAUAUCGUCGGAUUGCUCUGUAUUACUCGUGCGCUAGAAGGUGGAGAGUCCGAUUUGGCCUCUUCUCAUCACGUUUAUAAUGUGCUCGCCAAAGAACGCCCGGACGUGCUCAAAACGCUGACGGAGCCGAUCUGGUAUUUCGACCGAAAGGGGGAGACGUCGAAAGGUCAAGAAGAAUAUAUCAAGACGACUGUAUUCUAUCUUGAGAGGACCGAAGAGAACCCUCGUGUGUACCUCAAAUGGGACCCUUACUACGUCCGCUCACUCACACGCUUCUCCGACAAGGGCAUCAUCCCGCCCCUUUCAGACAAACAACAAGAAGCCCUGCGCGUGCUCGAAGAAACGGCGCAACGUCUUUCGUUGCAUAUGAUCCUCGAAGUCGGCGACAUCCAGUUUUUGGCGAACAUGCACAUUUUGCAUGCUCGUACCGCGUACAAGGACUAUGCGCCGCCGGCACCACGACGGCACUUGAUGAGGUUGUGGCUCGCCACGCCGGAGAGUGAAGGGGGGUGGAAGUUGCCGUUUUGGGAUAGUGAUGAGAAGAAGCGGGGUGGGAUUCAGGUUGAUGAUCAGCCGCCUGUUGCGUUGUUGGAUGCUGAGUAA